UAACAAUGUAUUUCCGUGUUGUAAGUAUUGGUUAAUUACCACAUGAAUAAUAUAGUUUUUUUUAUGAAACAAAAAAACAAAACAAAAAACCCAAUCGAUGUUAUCUACAGGUUUACGCAUCAGCAAAAAGCAAUUCGUCCUGGGGUCUUUCUUCCUGUUGAACACAACAACUGCCAGUUCACUUUCCUUCGCCUCGUCUUUACACAUGAGGCGCUAGAUGGACAUCGUGGACACUUCCGGUAAUCUUUCAGAGGAGGUACGCCUCGCGGAGAUAAGCAAGGAGAUCUCUGGGGUCCUCCUCCCAAACACCGUCUUCUUGGCGCUCUGUAUCUUUAUUGGAGUCCUUGGUAACGCUAUUGUCGUGUUUGUGUACACUGUCCGACUGGGCGGGGAGGGUGAGGGUCGAUAUUUUGUCCCGUACCUAGCACUGGUGGACGCCUUCUCUGUCAGUUUCUCCGCUGGAUUUAACUUGUCCUUCAAUCUAUUCCCUGUGAAUUACAAUGACGAGACGUUGUGUAAAUGUGGCUGGUUCCUUGGGUAUCUGACCACUGUCAUGUCUGUAUUACUGUUACCGGUGAUUGCCGUCCAGCGAUACCUGAAGAUCUGUAAACCUCUCGGCCGCCAGAUGUCGCUUCCAUGGAAACGUUUCUUAGUUUUCCUGGCUUUCCUUGGAUCUGUCAUCGUCUCUGUUCCGUCUUAUUUUACUUACGGAUUAGAUUCGGUUGAAAUAGAGAAAGGCAACAUCACAGGAAAUGCUUGUCGUAGACUAACGUCUGCCGACUGGAAAACGUUUUCUCUUAUUCACAGCGCCAUCUUGACUUCGAUGAUUGCAGUAAUUGUUUGUCUGUUACUAGUUCUCUAUGUGAAAGUGGGUAAACAGAUUUAUUUCCGCUACACAAAAUCAACUAAAAACACAACGACUAGGAGCAGUAAAUUAAAAGAACACCGAUUGAAAGUUUAUAAAGUGACGCUGAUGUUUAUGUUGAUAACCGCCAUCUUUUUCGUUUGUUUUGUGCCAAAGAUGAUCUUGUUUUUGUUUGAGACUACCUCCGACCGGUUCUGGGACACGCAGUCUUCUGGAAUGCUGCUAGGACUCCGAUUUGUCGACAUGUUUUUUGUUGUUAAUAACAUUGCCAAUCCAAUCGUUUAUGCGUUCAUGGACGACCUGUUUUCGGCGGAACUUAAGCAGAUGCUUUCUUGUAGACGAUCAGCCAUUUUGCGCAGACGACAGGUGACGGUGACGUCAACUGUAUGAACUGUUAUCAAUUCAAGAAUCUUAUCAACCCGUUUUCUUUCUUUGGACUGAUAUUAAGAAGACUUAAAACGUUUUUAUUUAUAUUUCAUUUUGUACAAUACAGUUGUUUUAAGUUCAUUUAGUGAUUAUUCUUGGUUAUUAACUUAAGGUGGUAUGUGACACCUCCAUAUUGUGACUUACUUUCUAUCGAAAUAAA